GAAAGGCAAUUGACGCUGAGCAUUAACCGCCUGUGCCCCUUCCCCGUCCUCCAUCCUUGCGGCGGCGGCGGGGGAAGAGGGAGCGAGUUCCUAUGGCCCCGAGAGGCGGACACGCGGCGGCGAGCUCCGGCUCCGAGGACGAGGAGGAGGAGGCGGAGGCGGGCUUCUCCAGGAGCUAUUUCCUCGCCAAGGAGAAGGAGCCCUCCUCGGCCAAGAAGCGCGCCCGCGCCGCCGCCGCCGUCGGCAAGCUCUCCGACCUCAACCUCGUCGACGAGCAGGUGUUGCGGGCAUCCCUCGCGGAGAUCCCCCCGAAGCACGAGAAGGAGGUAGAGGCCCUCACCAGGAGCUACAAGGACCAGUACCGCAACUGGCUUUUCGAGCUGAGGUGCGGUUUCGGCCUGUUGAUGUAUGGCUUUGGGUCUAAGAAGCUGUUGCUGGAGGAUUUUGCCUCCACGACCUUGACUGAUUUCACUGUCAUUGUGGUCAAUGGUUAUCUUCCGUCCAUCAACUUGAAGCAAGUAUUGGCAACAAUAGCUGAAAUGUUUUGGGAGCAGACAAAACUUAAGCGAAAACGUCACUCAGGAACAAGGUCCCAACCAUCACAAAAUUUUGCAUCCCAAUCAAUGGAUGAUAUUAUCUCGUUUUUGAACAACCAGACAUCAGAAGAUGGGGUCGAUGGCAUGUGCCUUCUUGUUCACAAUAUAGAUGGACCUGCAUUGCGUGAUGCUGAAUCACAGCAGUGUCUAGCACAAGUUUCUUGCUGUCCACAAAUCCACAUUGUUGCAUCAGUGGAUCAUGUCAAUGCACCUUUAUUGUGGGACAAGAAGAUGGUGCACACACAGUUCAAGUGGAGUUGGUACCAUGUCCCAACAUUUGCACCUUACAAAGUUGAAUGCGUGUUCUACCCAUUGAUACUUGCUAGUGGCGGUCAUGCACAGACCACAAAAACUGCCCUUGUUGUUCUUCAGAGUCUGACACCAAAUGCACAAAGUGUCUUUAGAGUUCUUGCUGAAUAUCAGUUGGCAAAUGAAAAAGAGGAAGGUAUGCCAGUCAGCAGCUUGUAUACCAAAUGCCGUGAGCGUUUCCUGGUGAGCAGUCAAGUGACAUUGAACUCCCACCUGACAGAGUUUAAAGAUCAUGAUCUUAUAAAGAUCAAAAAGCACUCUGAUGGCCAAGAUUGCCUCCACAUCCCCCUUGUUCCUGAUGCGCUGGGGAAAUUGCUGCAAGAAUUGGCCUGAUAUCCUGAAUUUUUACCUUUUCGGUUGAUUAUUUGAUUCAGCAAGACUCUUUGAGAGGAGAGGAUUUAUCUGCUACAUGUAGUGUUACCAUGAAAAUAACUCAGUUGAGUAUUCCAUACUGUUGUACAUCGAUUAUCCAGCAUUUAGAUUUAUGAGAUGGCUGAAUGUUGUACUCAUGUUA